AUGUCUGCGGAAUCCAAAGCAGUAGCGGAGACCCUCUGGGAUACUAGUCUUCGUUCGGAUGCUCAGUGGAGGACCUGGAUUGCUAAGGUCGAAGCUGCAGCAACGAAGGGGAAUGUAUGGCAUUACAUGAAUCCGAAUCUAUCUGAGGAUGAGGUCCGUAAGGCCCCAGUAGAUUCGCGCGACUCCUAUCCACAUCCUCGUGAAAUCAAUGAGGAUGCCACUGAUGUCUCGCAAUUAUCAGACGCGGAAUACAAGCGAUACCAGCGGUUGACCUCGGAAUUCGAUAAGGAAACUAGCUGGAAUGAAUCGAUUCGCACGAAGAUUAACAAGGUAGAUGCCUUGAUUGAUGCCAAUGUUGCUCCCGAACAUCGUCAUAUUCUCGAGGGCAAGGUCACUCCACAUGAAAAACUGGUCCGCUUGAAGCAGCAGUUUGAGCCCAAGGGCGAUACUAGCCGCCAAAGCGUUCGAAACGCAUGGAGAGAUCUGGUCAGAAGACCAAUUGGCAGAAUCUCAAUUGAUAAAUGGCUUGCAACAUGGUCAAAUCUCUAUGAAGAGGGUAAAGCAAUGAAUAUCCCGGACAUUGCAUACCAUGACGAUAAGGGAAACCCUCAGGAUCGAGAUGCCAUUCGAGAUUUCCUCCAAGCCGUUGAAUCAUUCGAUGAGGUAUUUGUAUCCCUUUGGAGGAAAGAUAUUAUGAAUAAGGAUUUCAGAAUUUCCUUCCAAGAUAUCUUGGCAGCAUACCGGAAUCACCGAAAUGCUAAGGGUGUUGUCAAAUCCCCAGGAAAUUCUAGCAGCAUCGCAUUCGCUGCUACUCUUAAUGAGCAUGAGCCCCAAGAAGGACAGAAUUCCGCUCAAGGCUCCCACAAUUCUCGAGAACCUCGCUCCAAUUGCGUCUGCGGAAGUUCUCGUCAUCAUUGGAAGAAUUGUUUCCAUAUCAACGCCUCUAAGAGGCCUCCUGGAUGGAAACCGUAUGAGGAUGCUGCAAAGCGAGUAGAACAAAACAUCAAGAAGCUCAAUGCUGAAAAGCAGAAGGAGCUCCGGAAAUUUAUGAAGGAUAAUGGUCAAGAGAAAACCGCCCAAUUGGCCCUUACCCAGGCGGAUGAUGUAUCCACUGAGACCCUCAUCUUUUUCACUGUGUCUCCAUUCGUAUUCAAAACCGCCUUGACUCACCCGUUGGCUGCCUGCUGGAUAAUUGAUUCAGGCGCCAACACUCAUAUCAGCAACCAACGAGACCGAUUCAUUACAUUUACCAAAGAGGAACGCGAAGUGGUCCUGGGAUCAGGCAAAGCAAUUGCCCAAGGACGAGGAACUGCAAAAAUUUGCGUUAACCAACCAGGUGGAGGAACUAUCUGGGUACACCUCAAGGAUGUGUGGUAUGUCCCAGGAUUCCAAACCAACGUCAUCUCCGUAUCAGAAAUCAAGAAGAAUGGAUUCUUCUUCAAUAGCGAGGUUCCUGCCAUCACUCGUCAGGGGACUUCGCGUGGUUGGAACGCCGGAACAGAAUGGAUUUAUCGAGAGGGCAGGAGGAAUCAUCAUUACCACCGCGAGGGCCCUUAUCGCUGA